UCGUUCACCGAUAUUGUUUACGACCGUCUCUUCUUCCAUAUGUCUAUCCAUGUGUUCGUGUUGUGUAGGGAGUUUAAUGUCGUCGAGUCCUUCGACAAGCAUCGCCAUGACACCCGAGAGGCACAUGCGCUUAGCGAAACCCUUUGCACCUUGUGCGAGAUCGUUGCGGCAUCAUGACGGUCAAACGUGGAUCGACGACGCACCCGAGGACGACUUCGAGGACAACCCAUGGACAACCGUCGUCCCUUACAUGAACCGGCAUCUCGACGAAUGGAACGAAAAUGACUGGAAGGCGAUGGAGCGUUCCUGCCCAUGGGCAAGCCAUUACAAGUUGGCCAACAUGUUGGAGUUCGGGAGCCUCAUUGCACUGCCUGCUGGUGUCCUCCAUCGAAAGACCCUGGACGAUAAGGGUAAACCGGUCCGCUUCCGUACCAGCUUCAGACGUCGCCUCCACUGCGAGUAUAUCACAUCUUCGCCACAAACUUGGGGAAGUUCGCAGAAGCAAGAGUUGGUGGACUGCAGUCGUCAUUGUUCAUUCUUGGAACACUAMCCACCCCGUUGCCCAGGGACUUCUCCACAAGCUCUGUCGUACUGUUGUGUGCGCUUGACGGAUGACGGAUGUCCUUUCGCCAGAGUGCUUUGUGUGGCUUCUUCAAGCAAAAGCGGAAAACUUGUGGAUGCAGUUGUGCUUGUGUCACGCUAUGAGAUGGUGCUUCAGGGAUCCAGGUUCAAGGCGGUCAUGUCUCGCCCAGAUGUAGAUGGGCGAUCAGACUUGGUGAGAGCAGGUCAGUGGGUUCGGUGUCCGAUGGGGAUUUGCAAUGCGCCUGCCACGUUUCAGCGGGCGAUGAACAUGACGUUCCAGAACUUCGUCAACAAGACACGGCUGACGCAAGGGAUGAUCAACUUCUGCGUGAUCGUGUACAUGGACGAUAUCCUGGUCUAUUUGGAGACUUAUCAUGGGCACUCGCAAUACAUCGACUGGACAUUGGGCGCACUUAGAGACGCUGGGUUCAAGAUUGCGCUCGAGAAAAGCGAGUUUUUCCUCCCGGAAAUUUCGUUCUUAGGCUAUGUCGUGACACGUGGAGGAUUGCGGCCAGACUCGAGAAAAGUUGCGGCGGUAAAGGAAGCUCCAGUUCCCACGUCACUGAUGCAGGUUCGAGCCUUCUUGGGACGAGCGUCGUAUUACCGGCGCUUCAUCAAGGGCUUUGCCGCGAUUGCACAACCACUAACGAAUCUGUUAUGGAAGGACCAGCCUCUCAGAUGGGACGCGGAGUGCCAGCAGGCCUUUGCAACCCUCAAGGAUGCUCUGGCAACAACCCCUAUUCUGAUUCGACCGGACCCCUCGAAGCAGUUCAUUCUCAUCACGGAUUGGCAACCGGAAGCUAUUUCCGCUAUUUUAGCGCAGAAGGGGAAUGAUGGUCACGAACACGUCAUUGAGUACGCGUCACGAACCGUGCCGGACGAACGAAGGAACGACUCCGCACCUCAAGGCGAAUGCUAUGCAGUGGUCUGGGGAAUCCAGCACUUCCAUCCGUAUCUCUAUGGACAAAAGUCUCGCCUCGUGACGGAUCACGAGCCUCUCCUAGCUUUGAAGAAGCUCACCAACUACACGGGCAUGAUUAGCCGUUGGGCGGUGCGACUACAAGAAUCUGACUUCGAUAUCGUCCAUCGAAAGACAGAGCGACAAGGCAAUGCGGACGGGCUGACACGUCUGCAUCGACCUGCCAAGGUACCCAAGGGCGAGGACAUUACACCGUGGAAAGAGUCGGACGUGACUAACGAGCCAAAGUACGGACAAGUGGCAGUUCUCCCACGUGGCAAGAAGCAAAACGGUAGCGAUGGGUGAUGGAGGUAACCCCACUACCCCUCUUUCUCCCCCUUCCUCCUCGUCUCUCCUCUCCCUGCCUGACAAAGUUUGCUAUUUUUGCGAAGCCAUCUCCCUCGUCUAUUCGGUCUCUAUGCGUCCUAACGGGGAAGGAUAUGCGGAAUGGAUAGAUUGUCGACAGUGUGUCGCACGAGCCCAUGGCUCGUGCAUCCAAUAC